CUUUCAAUUUUUUUCGAGUUUUAGAUUAAUUGCAAUAUAAACUUCCCGAGAAGUGGGUGGAAAGACUAGUCACUACGCUGUUGUCAACUACCACUAUUUUUUGAUGGGAUAUGCCUGAACAGGUUGCAAGAAAAUAAAUAAUUCAAGGACGUAACACGUAAAAAAUAAGACAUACAAAAUUGUAGUAGUGAAGUAGGGAAAGAAAUUUUCUGGGUUUCAAGGUCGAUUCUAUAAUAUGCCAACUAUUGUGUUUUCAAUAUUACCACAUUGUGACGCAACAAUUAUACCCGUCUUAGAUUUUAAUUUCUGACUUGAUUACAAAUAUUUGCAUAUAAGAAAAUUUGUCUGGUUUGGGAAGUAAGACGUUGCACCGCUAAUUUAUUUCAACAAUGAUACAAUUCGAGGAAGAAGAUGGUCCCGUACCGCCGAAAAAACCGAAAUUAAAAACAAUUGAAUCAAACUCAGAAAAAUUAAAAUUGGAUUCAAGCAAAAGUGCUACGUCGGCCAAAACGAGACGGAACUCUAAUAACUUUGAUAUAGGAAGUCUCAUGUCAGACGGAACAGGCAAAACGUUGUCAAAAUCUAUGACUUCCAUCGACGAUUUAUCGAAUGAAGACAAUCCUCACGGAUGGGCGACUGUUCCUCACGUGAUAUUAGAGCACAUUUUUGUUCACCUUGCAGAAAGGCAUCGCCCGAGUGCAAUGUACGUUUGCAAGAGAUGGUAUACAGUGAUGAGGCACACGGGAAAUUUGUGGCGUGUCAAGUCAUUUAGGUUUUCAGGGCGUGAUCCAAGAGAUUCGACGCACCUUCCUUAUCGAAAUGCUACUCAAUAUGUCCGAAUAUUUGGAAAAUAUCUACGUCGUUUGGAAUUUCGAUUAUAUAAUCCCGCAUUAUCGAGUGUCUGUCGCAAGUUUCAAAGGGCUAUUCGAGUAUGUUUCAUCACUCUCAUAAAAGAAAAGGCGAGACUGGAAGAACUCUCCAUUCCAGGACUACAGCUAGAUCGUGGACAAUGGAACUCCAUUCAAGAAGACUUCACCACAUGGCUUGCAAAGUAUUUUUGCAAAGGUCAGCAUACUUUAGAAAGAGUCAACUUAAGAAGUGCAAAAAUGUGCUUGAAUGAUGGGUACAAAGUUUUGUUUUCACUUGGAUAUGAAAUGGGUGAUACCGUGACAUACUUGGAUUUGGAGGACUUCUUUUUCAACAGAAGACCCAUCUUUCUGUUUACAGAAUUUGUCGACUGCAUGCGACAGUUCAAGAAUCUGCGAGAUUUGUUCAUCAACUACAGUUAUAUUUCGGAAGAUUUUUUGGAAACUUUAGCGGAAAACAUCUCUCAUGAUUCCCUAAAACGGCUACACAUCAAAGUACACGCUUACGAUCCUCAUUACCAAAUUAUUCAGGGACAAUUUUGGAGCGUCCUUCGAAAUAAAUGUCCCAACUGUAAAGUUGAUAUGAAAUUUGAACGUGUCAUGAGCUCAGAAGAACAUUUUCGAAUUUUAUGCCCGCAGAUACCGCUAAGACAGAUUACAUUUGAUGGAUGCUACUUUGCUGAACAAGAUUGGCAAAUCGGACCUACAAUUUCAACCAUACUGCCUCAUUACAGUAACACAUUGGAAAAGAUUACACUUGAUCUACCGGAUACUUACGAGGUGUUCGAUAGCCAAUUUCUAGCAUUAAUUGAGCACUGCAAAUCAUUGUACUAUUUGAAGAUAAACGCCUUCAUAUCAACGAAAUUUAUCGAAAAACUUGUAAUUUUAAGAGAAAAUGAUAAAUGCUCAGUGGAUACACUAAAAGUACGUAUCUAUGUGCGAGAUUUCGACACAGUUGCUGAGGAAAGAGACCUCGAACGUAUUUAUAACGCCCACAAGCUCGCGAUACGUGACAAGUUCUACGACUACAGCGUAGGAUGUUGCGUAUCGCUACAAUAAAGAAGAGUACCUUGCUAUUUCGAAUUUCUUUGUUUAAAUUCUGCACAUGCGGAGGGAAUUAAGAUAGCAAUGCACACAAGGAAAUAAACAUUAUGUUAUAUCGUA